AUGCAAUCGUGGCGAGGCAAUCAGCAACUCUAUGCCCGCGUCGAGCGUCUGGUCAGACAGAGCAGCGGCAGGACCAAAGGAGCAGAGCCUCCCAGCGGACGCGACUCGAUGAUGGCGGCUUCGUCAGGGGCCGGCGGGGAGGACGGCGGAGGCGAGCCGAUGGGAAGCCAGGAAUCGAGGCCCUUGGGGGAUGAGCUCGACAAGGCGGCAGACGGAUGCCGCCGCACGGAGCACGGCAACUCUACUGGCUCCCUAUUUCCCCCUGAAGAGUGCGCGGGGGUUUGUUGA